UGGGCCAAGAAGCAGGAAAAUGGCGACCUUCGGUGCCCGGCUGCGAGGGGUUUUGUGCUGGGCUGGCUUGGGACUGUGCGGGAUAGUGUUGUUUCUAGUGGUCGCGAUGCUCCUCCGAACCUAUGGGACCCGAUCUUCCGGCUUGGCCAUAAGGCUGCGGGAAAAACAGCAGCAGGAACGGCAGCGGCGAGGGGAGGCUACCUUUAGCCCCCGCGAGUUGCAAGAGCUCAAAGAGGUGCUCCAAGGUGCUGUCAGAAUACCAACAGUUUCCUUCUCACCAAAUGAUCAGAAUAUAACAGCCCUGGAAGAAUUUGAGCCAUAUAUUUACAAAGCUUUUCCUUUAGUGUUUUCUACCUCAUUCAUUCAACAUGAAGUCAUCGGAGAUUACAGCCAUCUAUUCACCAUCCAGGGAGCUAACCCUCAGUUACAGCCAUAUAUGCUGCUUGCACAUAUAGAUGUAGUCCCAGCAUACCCUGAUGGAUGGGAUGUCAGUGAUCCCUUCUCUGCUGAGGAACAUGAUGGAUUUAUAUAUGGAAGAGGAACACUAGAUAAUAAAAACUCAGCUAUGGGCAUUUUACACGCUCUAGAGUUUUUGCUGAGACGAAAUUACAAACCACAAAGAUCUUUUUAUAUAGGCCUUGGGCAUGAUGAAGAGGUGGGUGGUAAAAAAGGAGCAAUGAAAAUUGUGGCUGAGCUGGAAUCUAGAGGGGUACAACUUACUUUUGUGCUUGAUGAAGGAAGUUUUAUUUUUGAUGGAAUCAUCCCUAAAAUAGAGAAACCAGUAGCUGUAAUAGGUAUCACAGAAAAGGGUACACUUGACGUAAAUCUCACUGUAACAUCUCAAGUUGGCCAUUCUUCUGCACCCCCUAAGAGGACCAGCAUUGGUAUUCUUUCUGAAGCCUUAUACAAGUUGGAAACAAACCCUAUGCCCAAUUUGUUUGGUCAUGGACCUGAAAUCAUGUUGUUUGAACAGCUGGCACCAGUGUUCAACUUCCCCCUCAAUAUCAUCAUGGCAAAUCUGUGGCUCUUUGGACCUCUUGUUGGCUGGUUUCUUGAGCAAACUCCUAGCACUAAUGCUUUAGUUCGGACCACCACUGCAAUCACCAUGUUUCAUGCAGGAAUAAAGUCAAAUGUUAUUCCACCAAAAGCUGAUGCCACAGUGAAUUUCCGCAUCCACUCUUCACAAUCCGUUGAGGAGAUCCUGGAAAUAUUAGACAAAACAAUUAAUGAUAAGAAAGUGAAGAUAGAAGUGAUGGAUACCUUUGAUCCGCCCCACAUUAGCCCCUGGGAUGAUCAGACCUUCGCUGUACGGGUUUUCCGCCAGACCAUCCUGGAUGUUUUCCCAGAUGUUGCCAGUGUAGUUCCAGGCAUUUGUGUUGGAAACACUGAUAGCAGGCACUACAGCAGCCUCACAAAGGCAAUUUAUCGAUUUAGCUCAGUAGUCUUUAAUGCUGAUGAUUUGCCAAGAUUCCAUGGGUUGAAUGAAAGGAUCUCUUUGGAAGAUUAUGCAAAGCAAGUGGAAUUUUUCUUUCAACUAAUUCAAAAUUGUGAUUUGGACCAACCCACAGAGCCACAUACAAACCUACACGAGCUAUAGAAACAAGAAAAUAUAAAGGCUAGUGGGAGUUGUUAGAAAUCUGAAUUAUUCUAAGCAGCAGUGUUCCAUUUUUUUUCUCAGUGCCCAAACUUCUUUACUGCGUUAGAGAUUUAAAGUAAUAACACAACCUAGUUGCACUGCAAGUUGUUGUGAAACACACUAUUAAACAACUAUUCAUCAAAUUAUUCUGAACUGCAUAAAAUUAUGUUUCAGACUCAAAGGCAUUAGAAACCUGAAAACAAUGCUGUCUGCAUGAAUUAUGUCACUUAUGCAAUAAUAUUACAAUAAUGUCCAAAGCAAUUAGGUGUGACAUUUUGACAAAUCUGAAUAUAUAUAUAUAUUCACCUCCCUUCUCCACUUCCAGCCAAAAUCCAUGGAUAAUUUUAUUGGAAAAUAGUAUAUUUACAUAGCGAAGAACUUUUCUGUUAUCUUAACUGUAUAAAGGGGCAGUUUUACAUAAGAAAUAACUUUUCCAAAAAUCAAGGAACAGCCUUUUUGUACCUGCAGUUCUGAGGAACACAGCUAAAUGUUCAGUAUAGCAUAGAAUUAUCACUUGAAAUGUGAACUAUUUCAUUCACUUGAAAUGUGAACUGUUUUGAAUUUGUAAAAGUUACCUAUGCCAGUUGUUUUUCUUAUGCUUAAUGGUUCUUUCAUUUUUAGUUUUCUUUUAACUUUUCUUUUGAGACCAUAUUGUUUUAACGGUUUAGUACUUAUAAAGAAAGUUAUGAAUGCCUCCAAAGUUUGCAGAACUACAGCAUUUCUACUACACAAGCAAAAAAAUAUGGAGGUAGAUGUUCAGAAAUGUGAAAUAUACAGUAUAUACAUACAUACAUACAAGCCAAAUCACAGGUGAUUUAUCUCAGGAAUAAAAGAGUGAUUCAUCUCGGACAUAUGAAACAAAUGGCAAACUUUGCCACAGGUAGUCCUUAACUUACAACCACUAUUAAGACUAUAAUUUCUGCCUGUGUGGGGGAACUUGGGAACUGGUGUAAGUCACUUUUUUCAGUACUGUUUUAAAUUUGAACAGUCACUGAAUGAAAAGUUGUAAGUCAAGGGUUAUCUCUAUUGUUAGAUUUUUAGAGGGAUCUAAUUCACUGGAUUUGGCUUCCUUUAUUCACUGAAUUAAUCUAUACGAAGCAAAGAGAAUCCUUUUAAUGUCAAAGCUGUAGUUCUUGGAAACAAAUCUUGUGUAGUCCAUGUAUUGGGGUGAGGCCAGUUUUCAUAGCUGGUAAGAAAAGUGUCCAUGUGCUGAGCCCAGGUGUCCUUCUAGGAUUUCUUUUCUUUCACUGUCUGACAUUCUUUUCCAUGGAAAAUAUCUUUAGUGUCUUCUUUUUGCUAAAUGUAAAUAGUGAGAUAGAUGGGAGUAUGAGGGCAAUUUGGGGGAAAAUAGCAACCUAGAGUAACCAGGCAAUAUCUGUACACCCUUUGAAAUAGCAAUUAGAUUCCAGGGGGGUGGGGGUGGGGAAUAGCAAUUAGAUUCAUCAAAUAUAAAGUGUGUGUGUGUGUGUGUGUGUGUGAACGUGGGAGAGAGUAUGUUUUUCUAACUCUAAUCCAGUGUAAGGCUCAAAAAUUCUGGGAGCUGAAGUCCACAAGUCUUAAAUGGGCCACAGGUCCCCACUUCUGCUCUAAUGGUUGAUAGCUCUGACUAUAAUGAAGGCACUUUAUGUUUAUCUUUCUGGCAUCUAUUCUCACUUGAUUUUUUUUUAAAGCAGACCAUUUUUUAUCUUGUUAAAUUUUUAUAUUCAUCAGUUGAGAUAUUACUGUAUGCUUAAUGGACAAAUAAUUAUAUCCAAGCAUAUUGCAAGUUUCAUACAGUUUGAUUCUUGGUGCUGCUUGUCUGACAGCUACAACCUAUUUGACUCUAAUUAAGUGCAAGGUGUAAUUCUGUGGCACAUAAUACACCGCUCAAAAAAACAAAGGGA